AACAACAUUUUGUUCGUAUAUGGAGGAGAAGGCUAAUGCACCAAACUACUGCGCCUUCUGGGGGCGUUAAGCUUACUCUUUGUGUCCAAUUACGUGUCCGUACACGGUCUCGUACAACUUGGCGUCUUCACAUGAGUCGUCGAUGAAUAAAGUAACAUUGCGUGGUUUGGAGUGCUGACACAGUGAUCUUCAAGUUUUGAUGUGGAUUGAGGUGACAGUGACAAAAGAUCGCCCGGUCCAAACACAGUUUCGAUAGCUGGUGGCGAAAAGGUAUCUGCAGCUCGUCUGACAGCUGUUUCGUGCACGUAGCGUAUUUAUACAUCAGUGAUGCUCCAGAUGGCACGAUAUACCGCAAACAUUUGUGCCGUCUCUAUUUGUAGCCUGGUAUUGGUGGUGGCACUUUCUGUUGGUAUUCUUCCAACGCCAGACUGGAAGGACCGGGUGAAGAUGGGCGGCACUGAAAGCGGGCCUUUCGUUUUACAGGUCUGCGCUAGUGAUCCCCUACUCCAUGACCCGAAGGAACGAGAGUCUGGAUCAGAUUCGACCAGAGGGUAUCACGGCGGAAGCUCCAGCGGAGGUAGCAGUAGCAGACAGGGUACGACGGUAAGAAGCGACGCGGGACUUUCGUCCCAGAGCAGUCAGUCUUCGGCGUCCACUAGCGCCAAGACUAGCGAAAAUCACCGACAGGGGCCGGCGUUCCUGACAUCGGUAUUCCGAAAAGGUGAGACCCCUGCGCUGGACUGGGUACCCUACGGCACUCUGGAAGGCGCAAAAUGGCACCCAGGGCAGCAAAAAUCGAAGAGGCGCUCGUCUGCUACCACCAGCAGACGACAGGGAGCAUCGCAUUCUGGGAAUCCUGGACAACUGCCCGCGCCGCGUGGAGGCCUCCAGCCAACAACGACACUCAGCGGGACUGGUGGACAACCCAGGACUGACUCGACAGACGAGGGGGCUGCCGCGACGUCGGUAAUCCCAAAUCGUUCAGGGUAUCCCCAGCCAGUACCGUAUCUUAUCCACCCUGUUGGAUUUUUGAGUGGAGAUUAUAGAUCACUAGGGAUGCUUGGUCUCGUCCCAUCAGUUUAUACCGCUACUUCGGUUCAGCACAUGGUAGGCCAACCCGGCACAAUAAUCCCCCUCGUGCUAUUGCCCGGAAAGCAAGAGCCGGAAGGACUAGUAUCUACAGGAACUCUGUCUGAUUCCUUAGUCUAUGAGCCACUUGGGGUUGUGAAUCUUGGGACCGAAAUGCCGAAUCAAGGUUCGACUUCACAGUCUGGCGCCGUGGCUAGCAGGAAACGACCAGCGGGUGGGGCCAAUGGUCCGGACAAGAGGCGUCGUGUGGAACCAGCAGGACUCACAGAAUCGCGUCUGCGGCCUGAACCCAGCUUAUCCUCACUCACGGAAAAAGGUUCAACAGCGUUUUCCACCAGGCCGCCGUCAUCCCGCAGUGCUCUGGAAGGACUCACGCAGGAGACGGUAGAAAUGCUGCUGGACACUCCAUCAUAUCCCAUAUCGUCAGUGGUAUCAUCACCACCUCCAGCUAGAAAGUCAUCCACCUCGUCAUCCCAACAUCUGGAAGCUCGACUCUCACAAUCAAGAGGUCCUCCCAGGACGAGGCCUCCUUUCAACCCGUGGUCAACGAAGACUGGUCUUCUUGAGAGACGAGGAGUGUCUGAGCUUCCACCGCUAUACAUCCCUCGUCCUCUCGCUUCAGGCUACAGGAAUCCUGCGGACAGUCGAAAGCACUCCACAGUCACUCCUCAAACCACACCUCCAGCUAGAAAGUCAUCCACCUCGUCAUCCCAGCAUCUGGAAGCUCGACUCUCACAAUCAAGAGGUCCUCCCAGGACGAGGCCUCCUUUCAACCCGUGGUCAACGAAGACUGGUCUUCUUGAGAGACGAGGAGUGUCUGAGCUUCCGCCGCUACGCAUCGUUAAACCACCCACUAAGGGUAAUUAACCCGUUUGUUUUAGGGGCAGCGAAUGUGUGUUCAAAGUGCCCUAUUGGUACUGGCAAAGCCAGUGGAAUGACGGAGCGUGGAUGAUGAUAGCUACGAUUAGGCUGGUAGCCGACAGAGCUGGCGUCUAUGUGGCACGUAUGUUGUUCGCAGUGUUACACGGCGUCCUCAUCCGUAAUGCGUUCGACGCGCGUAUGUCUGCACCGUCGGGGAAAUAGUGAACUUUCAUUUGGUGAUACACAUGUACAUGCUGUUUUUGGGAGAAUGCGGAUUCGUUUGGCGAUAGUACCCAGUCCAAUACGAGUUGUGGAGUGGUCCGCAUAGGUACCUGAAUUUCAGCGCGAGCAUACUGUUGACAAGUUUUCACGACUGUAAGGUAUGUUUGUCACAUUUGGUGACACUAGGGACUGUUCGCUGCACUUUUGACGGUACUGAAUACUUUGUAUAGAUGCUCUGUCGCUUUUGCAACCACAAACGCCUUUUGCUGUCGCACUCGCCUCGGCAAGUCGAGACAACAGUGUGUAUUUGACGUACACGCCUCGGCGAAGGGAACAGCCAGACCGAGUGCGACUGGGUUUGCGAAUUCGCAUGUUACGGUGUUUUUAUGCGUUGUGAAAGCUCAUUGCAUGGUAUCAAAUACAUCAUACGAAAUGGAUGGUGCGAAGUACACGCGUUUUAGCUCUUUGCCACAUGAUGUCAAGUAGUUGUCUUCAUUCCAUGGACGUCCAAGGAUCUGACUUUUUGCUCAUCCACAUCGGCCCACCCUUGCUGAUACAAUGAAUCAACCCUUAAUAAAAGACCAAGUGGGUCGUCGGCCGGCGGAGGUUGAAUUAAUCCAUUCAGCUUCUAUGACGGUUGGCUUUUUCUCCGGCAUUGUACGGUUGUACUGCUCUAGUAACGCAGCACGGUGUUGCUUUAUAACUGCUGUGCGCAGCAUGUGUGAACGCUUGACGACGAUGGCAAGUACUGUUGUACAAGAGGUUUAUGAGCUGUGGAGUCGCUUUCCCUUGCCAGUAAUCCUUGCCAUCGUCCACUAACCACUGAUGACACGACGGGUAUCAGCGCAGUGUCUAUAUGUGCACAUGUUCCACGUGUGGAAUGCGUUGUUGGUGCAAAUGUCAUUCUGUAAUGUUGUUUUUGUCGGAGUUUGGCGACCGUGGAUCACGGCGUUGCCUGAGGCACCCGUAGACUAGUGGGAGCGGUGCGUUUCCCCUAACCUCGCCGUUAGCCAGAGAAAUGGUCGUCGGCUUGUGAGAGCUUGUGUUGUCCCUCUAUAAAUACUUACAGCAUGCUGUGAAUAUCUAUAUGUAUAUACGCGUGAUGCGGAGAAGUUUAGGGAAACGGCUUUCCAGAGCCACUUUUCUUCCUUCGGCAUUGUGUGUCAACAACGGCAUUCAGUGGUGACAACUUUAAGUGUGACAAGACACUCUAAAUCACAACAACGAAUGCGAUAGUAAAGUUUCUGAAUCGACCAUAUCUAUGCGAAGACUGAGUCGCUAAAUGUCAAUCAAUGCGAAUUUUCGGUUUUUUCAUUCCAUAUCACAUAAGCUACCCCUGAGCAAGUUGUGUGCUUUUGGUUGACUCUCGGACCACCUGCGUUAUCGGGUCUGCUCCUGAUUAACCGAUGUCUCAUCGCG